AUGGCGAUCAUAAAGGACCGUUUGGUCGUGUUUGCGCUACUCGUCAUCAACAAGGCCGGAGGUCUCAUCUACAAUCGUGAGUUUCACUCCGGCCUGAACAAGAUGAGCAGUAACGACUAUUUGAUACUUGCCGGUACUUUCCACGGAGUCCAUGCUAUAACGAAGUCUCUUUCCCCUCUACCGCGUACUCAAUCCGCCAACGGCACCUCUGCCAGCGCACCAUCUCCUUUCGUAAAUCGUCCUACAGGCCUAGAAGUCCUAGAAUCCGCACACUUUCGGCUGCAAUGCUUUCAGACUGUAACGGGCACGAAGUUUCUCCUUUUCACCGAGCCUCAGCAGCCGAAUGUGGAUAACGUUAUGAAGAGGAUAUACGAACUAUACUCCGACUACGUUAUGAAAAAUCCUUUCUAUACAGUCGAGAUGCCGAUACGUUGCGAGAAGUUUGAUAGGAGCCUAGACGCUUUCGUGAAAGUCAAGAGCUGA